AUGACCGAAUUCGCAGUCAGCAUUAAAGCUUUGCGCGAUAUCAGCCAAAUCGGAUUACAGGACCUACUGGAUUACACCUCAAGCCGGCUCAGGGCCGCCGGUGGAAGCUAUCUGGUGUUACGUGACCUGAUGCCGGAAGAAGAGCGACGGGCCUUUAGGGAGUGUCUACGCGGGGAAUUGAUCAAUGGAAUGAUGAUCUACACCGCCGCCGCCGUCAGGAAUCCUCACUCCAUUACUCCGCCGCCAGCUUUUCGCAAGAUUUUCCCCGUUUGCUUUGGGGAUGUGGAGGGUGAACUGGAUAUGUGGAUGCUCGAGGUAGCUGUGGAGGGAGGGGAAGGGCUCCGAGAUGCCAAGUUGAGUCUCUACAGAGAGGCAUGGUGGCAACCAGGCGCCGAGAGGGUGUUCCCGAACCUCAACGGUCUCAUCCAAAUGUGGCGGCAGCAGAGCGCAUAUCUACCUCCCCAUCUCCCGGAAACGCCGUCUACCCGUCUGGUCCUUCGUGAACUGGGGAUCUCAGCGCUGAGAGAAGCCAGGUCGCUUGUUAAGUCGUCCCUCGACCUGAUCGAGCAGGAUUUGGAGGAGAAUCGCAACGCCAUUCAACGGGUGAAGAGAACGUUGGAGGAAUACGAGCAGGAACAGGAUCAUUUGGGUCAAAUCGAGAAAAGUAAAUGUGUUUUGCCCCUUUGA